AUGGGUAGAGCAUUGGUUACGAUUGAUAACGUUUACGCUAACAAUUUAGGAACAUUCAGAAAGAUCAUUGAUGUUGUGCUACCGGUUCAGUAUCCAGGUGAAUACUUCGAGGAAGUUGUGGACAAGAAUGCGAAAGGAGUAUUCUAUGCACAGCUAGCAUAUUACGGGGAAAUUGCGAUUGGUGCUGUAAAAUCCAGAUUAAUAGCCAAUAAGACCGGCGGAGUCAAACCAGCAGGUAUGUACAUCGAAGUAUUGGCCGUACUUGAAGCUUACCGUGGAAAGACAGCUGGUUCAUUAAUGUUGAAGUAUAUCGAAGAUAAAUGUAAGGAAAGCUUUCAACACGAUAUAUACGUGCAUGUUGCCACCGACAAUGAAACAGCAAUAGAAUGGUAUGAGAAGAAUGGCUUUUCCAGGGAUGGUGACAUUUUGGAAAACUAUUACAAGAAUACCACUGGAUCUAAUGAUGCAUUUGUAUAUAAGAAGUCAGUAUGA